UCUAUUUUUGCAUUGCAACACUACUUCAAAUGUCAAAGUUGACUGUCAGAUUGAAGUCAUCAUACGCGCUGCGCGUUGUAGCUAUUUUUGUUGAUUUUUAACUUUUUAACAACGUUUAUUGUUAGGAAUAGCAUUUACAUGUGUUAUUUAGACAUAUUUCUUUUUAUUAAACUCAACAUAUGGUGCUAAACUUGCUCUAGUAACAGUUGCAACAGCGAAAACGAAUCGUCAUUGUUGUUGGUGCAAAUAUUUUUAAUAUUAUAAGUGGCUAUAGGCUUUGUGGUUCAAUAUGUGUUCAAAAUAGUAAUAAUAUUUUACGAUAAAUCUUACAAACGCUAUUUUAAAGAGUGAAACUAUUGUUAAACGUGGACGGAUCUACUUUGCCAUAAUAAGAUGGAAUAUGUACAAAACCCUGCAAUAAAGAGGCCAACACACAUGUUAGAGAGUAAGCGACAACGAGACAACAUGAAUAACGAAAUGUCUUCAAGCUCCAGUGAAAACGGCACUCCUACACAUGACCCCAUUGCGAAGUUCAAUAAGUUCUACAAAUCUCAGUACAACGAUGCUGCUGUAUCUGAUAACGAAAUCCUCGAGGCACCAAGGAAAACAAACAUGUCCAGAGGUCACUUCAAAAGCAUGGGAAACAUCAACGAGAACUUCAGAGCAAAAGACUUCAAUCGCAACAUGAAAUCUGUACAAAAUAGCAUAAGCAACAUAGACUUAAGUCUGCACCGGGAGGAAAUUAAAAAGUAUGAGUCGUUACAAAUUCCUAUCGUUGGUUAUGAGGUUAUGGAGGAACGAGCAAGGUUUACUAUAUACAAGUUGAAAGUAGAAGAUGAUAAACGGGAUCAAUCCUGGCUUGUGUUCCGUCGUUAUACAGACUUUGUGAGGUUGUACUCCAGAAUCAAAGCUGAGCAGCCGAAUUUGAUGCUUCCAUUACCAGGUAAGCGUUGGUUUAGAGAUAACUUUGAACCUGCAUUCCUAGAAGAACGAGUGAGAGGCUUACAAAUCUUCGUGAAUGCUAUUUUGAGUAAGCUACCAAAUCAUCCCGUUGUCCGUGAGUUUUUCUGCAUGGAUGAGCCUCCACAAGUAUUUAGUUAUCAACCGGAGGUCCAAGCUGUAUACGGGGCCUUAGAGGACUCGAUAACGACUCUGAAAAUGCAAUUGAAGCAGAAAGAUGCAACGAUUAUGCAUUUGCAGAAACGUUUAGCUCAGCUUGAGGGUGUAGUGAAGAAUUGUCAAAGUUGCAGUACAAAUUCAAACAUGAACUCAAUGUGAUUCAAAGUGAUUUAAAUUCAAAAUGUAUUACUUUAGUUUAUUUUCAACUGAAAUGUAAUGAGAGUCAUUCCAUGCAUGAUUCUAACAAUAUUAACAUUGGUGCUAAUUACUCUAGACCAUCUAAUUUUAUUUUAAGUUAUACCUGAUCUUUUCUUAUCCGCCGAAAAGGAAAGGACGGGCAUAAAAUUUAUGUAACACGUCAAUUUUAGGCACAAAUCUAAAACAACCCGCAACGUUUUACAUUCGACACUAAAAGAAAUAUAUUGUUCAUUCAUUCACUCAUUCAUUUUAAAAUUAACAGCUGUCAAUGAUCUGCCCCUUUUCUUUUCGGCGGAUAAGAAAAUGACAGGUAUAACUUAAAAUAAAAUUAGAUCGUGCCUGCGAGAAUUAGCACUAUUAUCGAUAUAUCCUUAGCUUAAUAACAGGACAGAAAUAUAGUAAAUAAACAUAGUGAGAAAGAGACAAGAGAUAUGUCACUCCAACCAGUUAACAGUGGCAGCCCUAGUGACAAAGACACUGGCUCAUUUUUUUAUGUCAAAUUGUUCUUUCGUGUACUCUGAUCAUGUCUGCCUAAAGGUAAUAGAAAUAAAGCUCUUUUUACAUAUUUUUUCCAAUGUAGGAACUUUCCCGAAAAUGGUACAUCACUGUAGACUACCCUUACCCCGAUAUCGACCCCGCUGGCGUGGUCGACGAUUUCCCUCAUUCAGCGCUUAUCGCUAUCGACCCACUAGGGUCGAUUAAUCCUUUCAAAUAUUCUUCCGCUCAGACGACGCCCUGAUCCGAGGUUCGCGCCCAACUGUUGUACCGGGUGAGAGCCUUCAGCGCUCCCCAUUUGUCCUGCUAGUAAGUAGUUAACUAGGUAUAUUUCGGUGGACGUAAACUAAUCGAAAAAAACUGUAUUGUGAGGCCUCGCACCACCUAAAUAUUUUGCUAGGGACGCCACUGUUGAGAGUCUGUCCGUUUCUCAAGUAAGAAGUGAUGAGUAAUACAAAAGUAUCGUAAUUAUUGAAGAUCGUUGAUCUUUAUUUUUUGUUCUGUAUGUAGAGCACAGUUCUCUCUAAUAAAUAUUAAAAUAUGUAAAUUAUUUAUAAGAAAGCAAUAAUUAGUGCAUUUUAUUUGGUAGCUGUGCUAAUGUUAAAUUUAUUUUAAGUUUACAAGUGAAUGUGUGUGCUACUUUGUAGACCUACUUGAUUUUGGGUGAAUUUUUGUGAUUCCGGUGGACAUAAUUCAGUGGCGAUUUUUUUUCAUGUAUUUCUAAAGUGUUCGUUACAAAUAAGUAUCUAAAAUGACGAUACGACCAGUGCUGCCAAUGUAAAAUUUUAAGUUCCCUUUCGCAACAGGCUUAAUUCCCCGAAUUUCCCCACAACUUUUAGGCUAAUUCUUCGCCGUGAUAAUUACAUAGAAAUAGGACAAAUAUAUAUAUGUAUUACAUGAAGGCAAGAGGGAAACCACUGCCCUAUUUUUCCCUAUAAAAGUAGCAUGGAAAAUGCUGCACCGACAAGAGCGUGGCUCUUAAAUUGAUGAUGAUAUAUUACAUAAUUCUUCUAAGUGACAAAUACAACUUAAAAAACAAAGCUUAUGAACUAAACUAUUAAGUGCGCAUUACUUUUUCCAAAUUUUUGCCUUCAGCAUGUUACUGCUGGGUUGAAACGUUAAUCAUUUUCCUGCAUUAGAUAUCCCUUGCCCUUAUUAUUGCAACAAUGGUAUUGUUAAGACUUCCUCAAUAUUCAUAUUCAUUUAUUGCAUGUCACAAACAUAAAUUAAGCUGGAACAUAGUAAAAAGGUACAUGUGGCGCCCUGCAAGGCACGGCAAUAUAAAAGAGGCGACACUAGGUGCCUUAUUAUAAUAAUAUACUUGAAAAAUACAGAAAACACAUUUAUUGACCCAUUGUCAAAUUUUUCGUGAAUUAACCAAACCCUGCCUUGUCCCCGCACUACCCCUCCAUACCCCGCAAAUCGGCAAAUUCCCCGCCAAUUGGCAGCACUACAUAAGGGUUGACCUACCUGCGCAAUCCUUGUGUUGUAUUGUUGAAGAAAUAUUUGGGCCACCGAAUUUACGGUAAAUUUACCCUUUUGUUAUUAUGGCAACACUAAAAACAUACCCCGUUUUUCAUUGUUAAACAAAGUAGGUGCAGGUUAGUUUGAAAGAAUAUAAAUAAGACGAGUGUCGAAAAAAUGUUUUUUAUAAUUAAUCUGAUAAAUGUACAAGCAAUAUCGAUGUGUGUGCCUUAGAUAAUAAUGUGUAAUGUAAUAAAUAAAUGCAUUGGCAGCCUUAUAAAUAUAACUUUGAAGACUUUUUCGUGCUGGUAACAUUGAAAAAAGUUUGUGCGUUGUAAUUGGCUAGUAUAAAUCAAUGUUGCCAGGUGAGAUUCGUAAAAAAGAUUUAGAUAUAUAUACUUAUAUAUAUAGUCACUGGAAAGGCAAAAUUACAUGAGCGCCGGUAAAUCCUAAAACAGCAGUUCAUGUUAUAAUAUGUAUUGCUAGAUAUAGAAAAUGGAAAAAUAAUGGUGCUGAUUCUAGAAUACACCAUCUCCCUAGUAUUAUCCCGUUUUUCACAGGGUCAACUUCCGUAACCUGAAGAUUUGACAGGACGGGUUUUUUUACAGAAGCGACUGCCUGUCUGACCUUCCAAGCCGCGAAGGGAAAACCAGUCCAAUACAGGUUAGGUCAUAUACCGAAAAUGCAUUUCACGGGUAUGUAUGUGGGUUUCCUCACGGUGUUUUCCUUCACCCCUGUUUUCACGACGUUUUCUAGAACACACCAUCUAAUUUUUUUUAAGUUAUACCUGUCAUUUUCUUAUCCGCCGAAAAGGAAAGGGACGGAUAAUUGACAGGCAUAAAAUUUAUAGAACACACGUCAAUUUUAGGCAGAAAUUAAAAAAAAACCCUUUCCAGUGACAAUAUAGACGAUGUAUAUUUGGGACCAUAGUACAAAAUAUAUUUCAGUUGAAUGAAGUAAUCUUAGUAAGCUAUAAGAUUAUUUUCUGUCAUAUUUUUGCAUUUAAAUGUAACAACAAUUUUCUGAGUAUAGCCUUCAAUAUUAGUGUUGAUUUUGACGUUCGAAACUUUAUUUUAUUUUGACAGCUCUAGAUGUUAAUGCCUUCUCUUUUAUUUGUUUCAUAAAUGUCCUCCUAGGUCUAUCCCUCCCUCAAAUAAAAGAAAAGGUGCAGAUCGUGUCGUAUCAGGAGGUGAAGGUUUUGGCGGGAAGAAGAGAGGAAUGGCGAUUACUCCACCGACAAGAGCGCAGCUCUUAAAUAAAGAGAAAGAGGUGUAAUGCCAUCCCUUUCUUACAUUGAGUGCAAGAAAGUGAUAGAGCUAGUUUUGGAACUGUCAAAUUGGAAUAAAGUUUGCAUGGGUGGAUACGGGGGGGGGGGGGGGGGUGACUUCCCCCAGGGCGACAGGUUGGGUCAUGGGUGGCCUCAGCAAUUAAUGUUAUCUAAUCCUCAAUGGAGUUAGGUUGUCUGGGUCAUGGGUGGCCUCAGCAAUUAAUGUUAUCUAAUCCUCAACGGAGUUAGGUUGUCUGCGACCUGGUUACACCCCCACCCCCCGGCAUAAAAGCUGGAUCCGCUCCUGAAAGUUUGGUGCUGAUACCAGUACAUACCAUCUAAUUUUAUUUCAAGUUAUACCUGUCAUUUUCUUAUCCGCCGAAUAAGAGGGAUGUAAUCGACAGGCAUAAUUUAUGGAACACACGUCAAUUUUAGGCAGAAAUUUUAACAACCCUCCAAAAGGUUACAUAGGCCAAUAACCCGACAUAAAUACACAUUGACAGUACACGUCAAACGGGUUGCAUACCAGCGAGAUGCCUAUUUGAUUCGCCAGGGUUAUUCAUUCAUUCACUCAUUCAUUUUAAUAUAAACGGCUGUCAGACACACGUCCCUUUCCUUUCCGGCGGAUAAGAAAAUGACAGGUAUAACUUAAAAUAAAAUUAAGAGGUGUGUUCAGGAAUCAGGAUAUUUCGUGUAGAUUUAAUUUAACCAUUACGAUGGUGUUAUAGUGAGUUUCAAUAUUUACAAGUUGUUUUCUAUACUAAAAGUAUAAAAAUGUACCUUUGUGUAAUUUUUAAGUGUUAUAAAUAAAAAGUA